CUAACGGCAAGUCUUGGCAGAACCGGACGUUAAUAUACUAACUUUCACCAUUUGUUUCCGAUCAUUUCAAACGAAUCAAAAUCAUUGUGUUUGGUAAUAUAUAUAAUAAAUCGGAUUCUUUUACUAUUGCCAUGAGUAGUUUCAGCGAUUUGAGUCGUCUGUCGGAUAUUUCUGGUGUAUCUCGCAUAUCUAGUAGUACACGUGUUAUUGGCAAAUCAGAAUUAGCAUGUUCUUCGGAAUACAGUGUACGAGAGUCAAAUAAACGUAUAGUGAAUCCAUUUUUAAUAAAUGUAGAUGCUGAUAAAGUUGUCGAAGCCUUUCGUUCUUGUGAAGACAGCAUUUGUGAAUAUGCUCGUUUUAAGAUAAUCCUUGACUGUGUUAAACAAGUAUCCAGGAAUGUAGAUAAUGGCUUAUCGGAAGAAACGGCACAGAAAUUGAAACGUCUAUUGAUAGCAUAUGAAAGCAAAAAAUUCCUUCAAUUACCUGCCAUUUCAAUCGAAUCGCUUGAAGAAUUGACUAUUCUAGGCAUUACCGAUUUGCCAAAAAUUACAUUUAGUUAUGAAGAGAAGAUGGACAUAAAAAGUUGUGCAGCAUCGAUAAUACGUAAUAGGAUACACAGAUUUCUUCUGAACUAUGAAAAGUCUGGUGGAAAUUUAAAAAAGUUAAUACAAAAAAAGGACUCGAAAGUUCUUAAGAAGGUGUUAAAUUGUCAAGAGAGAGACAUUCUGCGAUGCAAGACCGAAGUAGAAGAAGUUUGCACAGGAUAUAAGAAAGAUCUUUUAAAGGGCAAUACCCUAUUGAAUCGAUGGAAAGACAUGAAACACGAAGCAAUGGGUGUAGUACAUUUAAGAAGCAUAGAAUACUUGUUGUUGCAAGCACAAGUUGCAGAAUUACAAGCAGAAGUGGCCAGAUUGACUUGUACUUUAAGACUCUUUAAUGAAACUCCCAUAACUCUUGAUGCAUUCAAGAUAUUAAGUACCGAUAUAAAUGAAAAGAUUUUCGAUGCUCAAGAAGAAAUAAAAAGAAAAACCAAUUUGAAGAAACUGUAUAAUGAUGUUGAAAGCCCGGAAUAUAAUGAGAUAUUGAAGAGAUACAAAGAUCUGAAUAGGGCGAUUAUAAAGAGAAAACAAUUUUUACAUCUUGUCCAAAGUCCAGAGAAAAAUGUAUUCAAUGACAAUUAAACAAAAGCUUCC